GCCGAGCGCCGCGUCUCGGGAGUUGAUGGCAGCACCACUGUGCGGCCGUCCGGCCGAGCGCGGAGCGCAGCCACACGCCGCUGCCCAGGGAGCGCCCAAGAUGUGGGGGGACCGGGGCGGCAGCGGCCGUAGCAGCGCCAGGGACGGGGGCACACAGCAGCCUCCGCUCGCCCGCCUGUCCUGACCUGCCUCCCUUGCCCCCAAAGAAUGUCAGCCAAGUCUAAGGGGAACCCCUCCUCGUCCUCUCCAGCCGAGGGGCCGCCGGCAGCCUCCAAAACCAAGGUGAAGGAACAGAUCAAGAUCAUCGUGGAGGAUCUGGAAUUAGUCCUGGGCGACCUGAAGGACGUGGCCAAGGAACUUAAGGAGGUGGUUGACCAGAUUGACACCCUGACCUCUGACCUACAGCUGGAGGAUGAGAUGACUGACAGCUCCAAAACAGACACGCUGAACAGUAGCUCAAGUGGCACAACAGCUUCCAGCCUAGAGAAGAUCAAAGUGCAGGCUAAUGCACCACUUAUUAAACCCCCAGCACACCCAUCUGCUAUCCUCACAGUCCUGAGAAAGCCAAACCCUCCACCACCUCCUCCACGGUUGACACCUGUGAAGUGUGAAGACCCCAAAAGGGUGAUUCCAACUGCCAAUCCCCUAAAGACCAAUGGCACCCUUCUACGAAAUGGAGGCUUACCAGGUGGACCUAACAAAAUUCCAAAUGGAGAUAUCUGCUGCAUACCCAACAGUAACUUGGACAAGGCUUCAGUGCAGCCUCUGAUGCAUAGACCUGAAAAAGACAGAUUUACCCAGGCAGGGCCUCGAGAACGAGUUCGGUUUAAUGAAAAAGUACAGUACCAUGGCUAUUGUCCUGACUGUGAUGCCCGGUAUAACAUAAAAAACAGGGAGGUCCACUUACACAGCGAACCUGUCCACCCACCAGGAAAGAUUCCUCACCAAGGCCCUCCCCUCCCUCCUCCACCCCAUCUCCCUCCUUUCCCACUAGAAAAUGGGGGACUGGGAAUAAGCCACAGUAACAGCUUCCCCCCUGUCAGACCUGCAACUGUGCCUCCUCCCACUGCACCAAAACCACAGAAGACGAUCUUGAGGAAAUCAACCACUACAACCGUGUGAUGUAUGCCAUUAAAAAAACAAAACAAAAACAAAAACAAAAAAAAUCUGAUUUUUAAAAUUUUCUAUAUUAUAAAAUAAUAAGUAAUGAGCACCUUCUACUCAAGCAAUAAAAAGCCCAAAUAUAUUAAUCCUGCAUUCAGCAAAGUGGCAUAAAAAUCACCUGGUAAGUAUGCAGCACAUUGCUUAUAUCCUGGGUAUGCAUUAUUUUAAAUGUUGUAUCAUUUAAGACCUCAGAAUGAUGAAAAAUAUGAAUGCAAUGUUUUUGCAAUUGACCUACGACAAACUGUGAACCUGCAGAUUUCACCUAUUUUGAUUUACUGUAAGAGCUGGGAUUUGAUUCAUUUUAUUUAUGCCUAAGUCAUCUAUGCAUUAACAUGUCAUAUUCUUAACUUUGAUCUAAUGCUUUUUACUAGGACAUUUUAAUACUGGAGGACUAUUUUAUUAUUUUUUUCUAAAGAUGUUUGUCACUAGUUUUUCAUUAUUAAAUGCUGAGGACAAUACCAAGAAGUUUAUUUUCUAUAUUAUACAAUUAUGAAUUAUAUGCUCAGCUAUAUAUGUAAUAAAAUACUUUGGUCUGUGGAAAUAUCGUUAUAUCAAUAAACAAUAGUAAAUAAUGAUAAAAACCAAAUGUUCCUCAGAAUUAAAAUGAAGUAGUGAUUCAUUUAAUCUCAGUUUAACAUUCAUCAAAAUGAGUAGCCAAUCUGAUGGAGUUUGGAGAAGUUACAGUGAGUGCAUAUCCGAAUUUCCUAAAUGAAAUAUCAUACUCCACAUCAUAAAUAGAAAUUUACACACUGCAUAUGUUAUACUUCCAUUUGGUACUUCAAGAACCUUCUCUUGAACUCUCCCUAUGUUGCCAAGCCCUCCUCAUACUCAGCAUUCUUCCAGGAUGUACCAUAAACUAUUACAGUGAGUCUGUGGGGUGCUUUGCCUCCUGAAUUAGCAAGCUCUCUGCCUCCCCAAGUGAACUCACAUUUAUAAGAGAAUUAUAGGGGAAAAUCUAAGUGCUUCUGGUAUGAGGAUGAGUUCAGCAUUGGCCGUAAUCUUUUCCCUCUCAGAAUUGAAAGAUACAAUGGGCUGUUGCUGUUCUCUAAAAGAAAGAGAAGGAAUCUUUCCUUCUAACAUCAAAUAAAAAUCCUUCUCUUCAGUCUUAUUUACUAACUUCAGAAACUUUACCGCCCUACCAUGGGCCACAUUUAGCUUCCAAUUGCAUUAAUUUCAACUGAGGAGAUAUUUUGUCUUGGAGCUAGAAAUGAGUUUCUCUCCUUUACAGUUAUGAUGAGGACAGGUUCCUGAAAACAAAAUUGGUUCAUUUAGUGGUAAGAGUAAAGGGAGUCAUCUUUGGUGGAAAUGUAUUUAUUGCACAACUUGAUAAAGAAUCAAGUGGCUUUGUGAACAUUUGGCUUUCGAUCUCAAAACUGUAAUCCUUGUGCAGAGAGGUAGCCUUCAAUCAUAUUUCUCUUUGUUUCCUUUUUCAAGCUAUAUCAUGGUAAUUUGGAAUAGUGUCUUUGACAGCUUCUUAUUAAAAAUGAUUAUAUAUUUUAUAUGGAAUACAAAAAGAAAAUAGGCCUUAUUUUAUGAAGGAACAAUCAAAUUAGUGAAAAUCAGAAUGUCAUGUUAAAUAUUUCGUCAGCAUGCAUUAUAUUUUGUAGGUGCUGGACAUGAAGAUAAGGAAAGCAAAAUAAUCCAACUUACAAUAAUCAGAAAGUUACAAAACAUAGAUCCAUAAUCAAGAAAGGCCACAAUCUAAAAUUUCUUAACUGUAUUAUUUAUUAGUAUGUUUUUGAUAGAUAUGAGUCACAUAAAUAAAUAAUAGACUUAUUAAAUACAAAAAUAAUGUGUUCUUAACUUUUUAAUGCAUGUAUUUAGUCUUGAUAGAAAUAAAACCAGGGUUUUAUCAUAUUUCUAUAGUUAAAUAAUUACUUCCUUUCACAUGUCUACCAAGAGCUAGACCCUUAAAUAUUAUAAACAAUUGUAGAGACAUGCAGUUUUCUUUCUUCAAUGCAUCUUGCCUUUUCAGCCAGUUACUGUGACCUAAUAAUCACCCUGUAGCUUAAGACUGUGACACUUUUCGAUGCCUAGGAACCAACCCUGAUCUCAAGGUAUAACUUUCUAGCAACCACACACCACCCACAGAACAGAUAAUUUCCUUGCAAUAAAGCAAGAUGAAUAAAUUGAAUCAUUCAAGCUGGUUGACUAAGGACAUUGAGCCAGAAGCCUAAAAACAACCUCAGAGUUCCAAAUCCAUUUCUCUUUCUCUAAGUACAGACAAAGCUUCUCCAUGAAAGAUCAUAUUUUUCUGUGUGAUUGGUGACAUAUGCCAAAACUACACCUGUUUUUAUUCACAGAAAUAACUAAUUACUGGCUUAGAAAUCUGAGUUGAAUACCAUCCCCAAAAUGUUACAGUUUUGACCUUACUAAUAAGGACCUUACUCUCUUAUGAUAGUUUAUUUAUAAUCAACAUUUAAUAUUAGAUUAUAGCAGUUAGGACUUAUUUUGAAUUUAUUUAUUCCAUGCUAUUUCAUUUUUUAUUAAUGCAUGGCAUAUAUUUUGCCAAUAGGUUUUCUUGCCCAGGUGAUAAUUUUGCAGCAUUCACUGAAACUUAGUUAUAUUUUUACAUAUAUACAAACUUGUAAAACAAAAACCAAUUAACAUAAAGCAUCAUAUUUGCCUGCAAACUUGUAAUUAAAGUGUCAUUAGUGACAGCACAGUUUUUUUAUAAUCAACCAACAUUACUUUCAAAAUGUAAAUGUUGAAGUGUAAGCUCUGUGUAUCAUCCAUUAAAUUAUCAUAAAAUAUAGUACAUAUUUCCUCUUCCUAAAGACCUUAAACAGAAAUGUUUUCCUCAAAUACUUGAAACUGUGUUUUGUUAACCGUGUGCAUUUGAACAUUUUUAUUUACACAUAGUGUUUACCACAGAGCUAGGAUUCAUACUCCCUUGAAGGUGAUGUUUCCACAAAAUGUAAAAUGGUAAUACACUUUUUAGGAAAAUAUCCAUUCAUACUGUAAACAUUGAAUAUAUUUCAAAAGGCAUGGUACUCAUUAAUUAAAUUGGAAUACAUAAUAUUUGUUUUUUUACUUUAGACAAAGAUUAUCCCAUUUUUGGAGUUUUUUGUACUUCUACUGAUGAAAAGUGAAUAUAAAAUAAAAAUUGACGAAAGUUGUCUUCCAUCUACCAGUAGUUAUAGCAGUUGUAAAGGGAAAUAAAACACAUUUUUAAGAUUGUGCUUAAGCCAAGUCUAAAAAUAUCUUCACAAAAAUAGAAGGGCAUACAGAAACAAAUUUUUCACUUUUCCAAUUUGAUGUUAUUCAUUUAUUCCCUCAUUCAUUGAAUAAUAUUGGAACAAAUGAUUAUAUUAGCAGAAGUGGUUUAAUUAACCUAAAUUAUCCUGUGUUUGAAUUAUAACUGCAUCUUAAUUAUUAAAUGAAUAAAGGAAUAUGAUACAGCUGACAUGGCUUUCUGUGGACAGAUCAGCAUGUCCAGGGCAGCAGCUACUCACAGUCUUUGAAACUAUACAAGACCUUGAAUCUAUAGAGAAUCUACAGAGUCUAAUUAUAGCUCUUUUUUGGUGCUCCGUGAAGAAAAGUCUGAGUAAUUCUGCAUAUAAUUGCAUAGGGAAUGGUGUUAUCAAGUCAUUAAUCACUGCCUUGACUGAAUUUUUUUCCAUGGAUUAUAUGUGAUAAUGCGAUGCUGAGUCUUGUAAUUAUCCUGAAGACUUUGUUUCUUGCUUCUAAUUCUCUGUCACCAGCACAUUUUGCUAUGACUUACGCUCCAAGUUGUAGCAAAAGAUUACAUUGUAAUGUACUUUGAUAAAAUACUGAUGAUUUCUAAGUGGGGAAAGUAUUUAUGAACGAUAAAGUUCUAUAAAAAGGCAUAUUACAAAAGUAGAUAAAGUGCACAGCAUCUGAAAAUUACUAGACAUUUUCACAAAACCACAUCACAUUCUCUGGGUCAAUGUGUAACUGACACUGUUUAAAUGUUUACAGUAAGCGUUUUGGAGUUUACGAAUUCUUCAAGUUACAUGAUUCUGAAAUACUGGUAGAUGUGAUGCUACGAUUAGGGCACAUGGUAGUGUUGAACGUAAAACUGCAGUUAGCCUUAUCUUUGUGGAGUAGCAGUUACGUAGGCUGUCAUUUCAUUUGAAGCAUUUGGAUUUAUCAUGCUCAUCUGCUGGAGAAAAAAAAACCUGAAGUGUAAUAUAAAGAAGCUUUUCAAAUAGCUCUCUCUUUAAAAUAUAGUUAAAUCAACAUAGGGUAUAGAAUUGUGUGAA